GGCUUGUCAGAUGUCUAUGUCGUCUCGGUUGCAUUUGGCCUUUGCAACUGCCGCGGCGUCAUUUUUAAACAUGCCUCCGAACGUCGGUCUCGCCUCGUCUGCCGCUUUCGUCCGUCUACUUCCCCGGGUGGCGUCAUGAAGAGCCGAAGACUGGGCUCCGUCAAAGCCGGGGGCACGAAGAAGAAAGCCCAGUGCGACGUGCCGGCCUCUACCAGCCUGCCCCCCCUGGUGGAAGGUGAGCUGCGGUGCUUCCUGCGCGUGACGGUGAACCGCCUGCGGUGGAGCGCGGCCAGGCCCCCGCCGGCGUCGUCGGUGCGUCUGCGCUGGUGGGGGGAGUCGUCCGACGGCACGUACUUCGGUCCCGUGGAUGACUCGCUGCCUUGGCAACGGAGCGUCAAGACCACCACGGCGCGCUUCCCCGUGCGCUGCGGCCCCAAGCAGCUCACCUCGUACCUGGCAGAUAUGGGAAACCUGGUGCUGGAGGUUUUGAGCAAGCAGGAUCGUCUGCCAAUCGCACGAGCUCAAGUCACGGAAAUCUCCCGCCUGUCCCGGUCGCAGCCCAUCACUGGUUUUCACACCCUGGUGUCGCCGACAUCGAAGAAGCUCGGCGAGUUGGAGGUCUCUCUUCAUUUGGAACCUCUGGCUGGAGAAUUCGACAACCGCACCUCCUCCGGUCCCACCGCUGAGUUCAGCAGCAACGUUCCUCGGGUCGUCUCGCCGCCCACAUUUGACGAGCCUUCGCCCCCUGAUGCCAACAAAUCAGACGAGCGCAGGGGUGGAAACACGCUGAGAGGGAAAGCUCAUCUGUGUUCUCAAACCACGCAGACGGAUAAAGAUGAGUCGGUGGAGAACUUGAAGCUGCGAGCAAACGGUGAAAUAGCUGUAGAUCAGCCAAGCAAUGACAUCCUUUCAGUGAUUCUGGAGCGUGGCACCAAACCUCGGGACGCGAUGGUUGUGUCAGCGCUGAAAAGCGACAUGGCUUCUGCCCCGCUUCUCCAAGACCGACAACUCCCUCUUCAGAGAGACGACGCCAGACCAUCGUCCAUGCCCUCCGAAAUGUUCCUUGAAAACAUUCUGCUCGCCGAUCCAGCCGUCAAGUCCGCGGACGACGUCGCAGACUGCGGCCUCCGUUGUUCUCCUGACAUGGAGCACAGAGCUGUGGAUCUCAUCCUUGGCAGGUUGAAGACGUCCCCGCCGCUCCUGUGGCAGGGCGACGCCUCCCUCCCCGACUCUCUGUCCAGCAUGAGUGGAGACAGUGACCUCGGCGACCCGCAGUACGAUCAAAGCUUGCUGGAAAAUCUGUUCUACAAACCCCCCACACCAGAUUUGAGAGCAGAUGAGACGGCAGGGGACGGUGAAGGGAAGAAGAACAGUUCACCCAGGACAGAGAAGCAGUUAAGACAGUCUGCUUACAGGACGGGUGAUAAUCCUGUUUCAGAGCUUCAAAACACUCUGGCUGAUACCAACAUUCCUUUGAGUCGGGAGCAGCUGACGUUUCUGAGUUUCAUGCGAUCAGCCAAAGUGACCAUCGACUCCAUGAGUGUGCCCACGGGCUGCGCGAGCCCCCUGCCCACUAAGACCCCAAGCAAAUCUCCUUCACUGUUACGCAGAAAGAAGUGCACGUAUUUUGUCGAGUAUGCGUUCCCCAAGACUUUCUCCUCCAGUCAACGUGGACGAAGUGUGCUGCCAAACGUGGAGGUGACCAGGGCUGCUUCCAGUAAUGUCACAGAAGGAGUGGUGAGCUUCAAUCAGCUGUCGGUGUUUCCCGUCCGCUUCAGCAAAACCGCGGUGGAAGCGUGGUGGUCAACAGAGCUCUCUUUUCGAAUUUAUGCACGAAAAAAUGACCAAAAGAAGGCCGUUCUCAUCGGAGAAGCCGCUCAUCCGCUGCGCAGUCUGCUGCAGAGCAAGCAGCUCAGCGAGUCGCUCAUGCUGGCAGUGCACGACGUGGACGGCGCAAUGCGGGAACUCUCUCGUCUCAGGGUGCUGCUUGAGCUGUCGACCAACAACAGAGUCUCGGAAAUCUCUGAAAAAAGAGACGCCCCGUCGUCACGCACCACGCGUAGUCCUCAAAGAGAGUCCUGCACUACGUCGCAAUGUGUCGACAUUUGCUCGGAGGAGCUAGCGGUUCGCUCUUCGGAAGACUUCGCAAUGGACGUUCCCGUUCAGUACUGCGUACAUCACGCGGUGCCGUACGCGUCUCGGCGUCCGGCGGCGGAAGAACCCGAGGUCCUGUUGCACACCUUGCUCAUGGUGCCGGACGGCAAGAACUUCACCGGUGGGCCGGCGCGGGCCGUCAGCGUCUACUUGAACUGCAAACUCUUCUGGUGCGACGAGGUGGCGAGGUCUGUGGUCAGCUGGGGGCGCGCCAACCCUUCCUUUAACUUUGUCCAGGUAACUCCCGUGGCUUUGACCUCACACUUACUGGAGCGGAUGAGGAACAACGUGAUGGUGAUCGAAGUGUGGCAGAAGACGGGCAGCUCCAGCCACGAGAGACUUCUCGGCCUCGUUAAACUGCCUCUACAUCAGUUCUACAUGUCCUUCAGGGAUCCGAAGAUCGCCCACCUCCUCCUCCAGGCGCAGUACCCCGUUUUAGGGGUGGACUGCUACAUGCCGGUGGUGGACGUGUUCUCGGGCGGCUGCAGAGGAAGCCUCAGGGUCACGCUGGCCAUGGGCCUCUGCGAGCAGGUGCUGGCCCUGCAGCGCGCCAGAGACGAGGAGUGCGAUCUGCCGGGCAGAGCGCCCCUCAGACCUCUUCACCUGCUCGACCACCAGCCCGGUGCGCCUGCCGAGGUAAUCACCUCACAAGCACGAGCGAUGACCGAGCACGUGUUCAUGAUUAGGGUGGAAAAGGUCUCGGGCCUGACCCCUGUGCAGUCUACAGUGUGGGGCGAGGCCGACUGUUACGUACAGUACGCGUUCCCGUCCCAGGAAGAUGCCGACGUCUCUCUGGCUGAGUAUAACACCAACCUGAAGCCUUUUCGUACCACCACCACCCUGUGCGUCCCCGACCCGGUGUUCGGCCACACGGAGGCGCACGCCCUGUUGGCUCCCGAGGGCGUUCCCAUUCAGAAGCUGCUCCUCAGCUCUCUUUCCAGCCAAGGUCUCGGCGGCGGCGGCGGUGUGCAUUUUGAAGUGUGGUGCAGAUAUUAUUAUCCCAAUGUCCGAGACCAGCUGGUGGCCAAAGGAAUUCUCCCCUUGUCCAAGCUCUGCGCCAUGGUCACCUUGCAGGGGCGGCAUCCCGACGAGGCCCAGAUGUUCUCGCUACCCUUGCUCCCGAAAGUGGACGGCCUGGCGACGCGUCAGCUUCAUCCCUCUGGCCUUCUGGACGUGUGCGUCCGCUACAAGUUCCGUCCACUGAGAGCGGACGUGCUGACUGGCAGAGGAGCCUCCUCGUCCCGCGUGACCCUCGUGGUUCAAGUGCACAGAGGCUCUGGUUUGCAGGCAGCAGCCAGAGUCGUAGCCCAGCAAGACGAAAGGUUCGACUACUUCGCCACCGUAGGAGUUAACUCCUACGUGAGCGUCCACUUGUCCUUCUUGCCCGACGGCGAGCCAACGUGUACGCGCAUGGCCGCCAGGACCUUCUGCCCCGAGUUUGACCACCACGCCGAGGUGGGCUGUGACGUCCUCGUCCACAAGAGCGGCGGAGAAACCUGCAGUCUGGCCGAGCAGCUGGCGGAAGCUUGGGCCGUCUUCACCGUGUGGAACAAAGACAGCCGCAAAGGUAUUACUGCCAAGCCCCCAGAUGUGAUGUUGGGCACAGUGAAAAUCCCGCUACUCGACCUCCUCCAUAAAACGACAGGUAUUUCCGGCUGGUUCGGCAUCGAUGCAUCCCGGGAAUCCCCUCAAAGUCAGCACACGUCGGUCGGAGGCCUGGAGAUCUCGCUCGGCUUCGCCCACCACUCCGAGCGGGAGCGGGUCAUUCGGGCCGCUCGAGAUUUGGGCUGGGAUCCGGCCCAGGCUCGGGUAGACUGUGACGACCGAGGCGCCUGGGAGCAGAGCAACAGGAAGUUAUCACUGACCUAUUCCAUGCCCAGAGCGUGGUUACCGCUCCACUGCCUGUUCCUGCCGGGACACGACACCCUGCAGCGCUCCACCUACUGCUACCUCCGUUACAAGUUCUACGAGCACGAGGCCUACUGUUCGCACAUGAAGCACCCGUGCGCGGGCGAGGACGGUCAGGCCGUCGUGACGUUUCAGGGCAGUCGCACCGUGGAGCUGAUGAGCUCCCAGCCGCUGAUGUGGUACCUUCGAGAGGAGAGGCUUGAGGUACAAGUGUGGGUGGCUUUCCAGAAGGACAAAAGCCAGAAGCCUCGGGACACCGACCGCCUGCUGGGGUCCGCCUUCAUCGAUCUGUCCUCGCUUGCGAAGGCUCCCCAGCAGAAGUUGACUCUCAGCGGAGUGUAUCCGCUGUUCAGACGCUCGGCGGCAGACUUGCAGGGCGCCGCCCUGCGGGUGCAUAUCACCCUGACCGCCGGCUGCGUUCCGACCGCAGAAGACGACCCGAUGGAGUCCGACAGCCAGGAGGAGACGUUAAUUGAGGAGCCGGCGCCGCCCACGCCACCUUCCUCCCCGCCCCGAACUACGGAAAGCCAACCCACAACAGAUGUCGCGUUGUCGCAGCUCGCCGGAAUAAUGACUGAGGACGAAUCCUUCCCAGUCACGAUUGCCGUGCACAGGGCCAAGAACCUGAAUGGCUGCCCGCCAUCUGACAGCGGCGAAGGGACACCGUGCUUCUUCGUCUCGUACGUCGCCGCCGACUCCGCCCAGCCCGUAUUAACGGCUGCGGUGCCCGACACGAACUGCCCCGUGUGGGACCACGAGCGCGACUGCAGGCUUUCCAAGCAGCUCCUACUCGACCCGCAACAGAGCCUGGUAUUCAAAGUCUGGCACAAAGGCGCCGCAGAAGCGGAGCAGGUGAUCGGCUUCGCCUCCGUCGACCUGUCCCCGUUGCUGUGCGGCCUGCGGUUGCUGUGCGGCUGGUACAACGUCACAGACUUCAGCGGCCAUUGCCACGGUCAGCUCAAAGUGUCCGUCAAGCCGCUGAAGUGGGUGCAAGACCUCCGUGGGGAAAGAAAAGCCGCUGCAGACGCAGAGCCUUUAUCCCAGGUUGCGCCUUGCAGCUACCAGACCAGCGCCACGUACAGCAGCUUCCCUUCUCACAUCAGUCGAUACCCCGAGCAGCACAUCACUUCACCCGACAGCAUGGGCGCACUCUUUCCCAAAAUUCCCGUGUCCAGUGAGAGCGAGCGGCACCACGAGCACAUGGAAAAGGUGCGUCUUCAUCAUCAGAGCCUCCAGGACCAGGCUGCCCCUCACUCGGUCUGCGACGGCAGCGGCGGCGACGCCAACCCCUCCGGCUCUCUGCUCUUCGCCACAAUCAGGAAGAUUAUGAGCGAGCAGGACAACAUCCAGAGAUACUUCAGCAGCAAGCUCGCGUCGCCUGGCUUCCCGUGCGCCGCGGAACGAGACGAGCAGAAGAAGCAGGCUGAGAACGACACGUGUCAGCUCCUCGUCACGUCCCCGCAGUUAGCGGGCGAUGGCCGCAGCGGUCAACGCCUACAAGCUAUAUCCUCCAUCGUCCAUGGUAGCUCAGCCAAGGAGAACCACCCUGAGAUGAUGAGGUCCACCCUGGGAUCCUCAUCUUGUCAGCGGCCGCCAUUUCCGACAUCUCAGCCUGAGGAAGAAGAGGACGGCGGGCGCAACAAGGAAGCAGAAGCCACCGAUGAUGAUGAUGAUGAUGAACAAGAAGAAGAACAUAAAUCACAGUGCAGCACUGAGGACGAGGAUUAUGAGGAAGAGGUGGUGGAGCCGAGGCAUUUAAACGAGGUGACAUUUUCCACGGAUAAGACGAGUCCGUGGAAUAGCUUCCUGUCAGACCAGGACACCCCAGAGCCUCAGGAUGAGACGAAAUCCAGCAGGAAACAGGAAGUCGUCGCUCAACGCCGCCGAGCCGACAGCUUUGACAAGUCGUCAGAAGCAGCUUCAAACUCGCAGAGCGACGACGAAGAUGACAACACGGGGGCCGCGGCGGCCAGGGCUGUACAGUCCAUGCAGGAGCACCAAGUCUCCCUUCCCAACUUUUUCCUGCCCUCACACCAGCUGGAGGCCUCUCUCAAAGUGGUACGCUUGGCACCCUCUUUCUCCAAUUCGUCCAGCGACGCAAUACUUUGGCCACGGAAACUCCCCACUCCAACUUCCUAAUAAGUUUUCUCACCUCCGUUACGACUGGAUGCGGUAGUAAAGGGCCUGACAAAAAAGCAACUGUUUUGGUAUGCUGCACCAAAAUGGGUAGAACGUUCAAGAGACGAGACAGGACAAGUGCUCGAGUAAACAACAGGCAUAGAUACGAAUAGGUAGAUACGACACACCCCUUUUUAGCGGUUUGCCUACAGCGACGCUAAGCUAAUGUCCAUGCAUUGCCUUUGAUGGGAAUGUCGCCCCUGCCAACAUGACUGCAACUUAGGCACGUCCGUAAGCCUAUAGCGCGCUGGCGUAUCUGGUCCUCAUUUACGUAACGUCCAGCCUCUGUUUGUUGAUUGCACCAGCAAACAACAGUGGCCAACUCUGGAAGGAACACAAUUUGUCCGCUACGAGGGGUCAUAUUGAGCUCUAACCAGACUCAACCAUUCUGUCCGUUAAAUCCAAAGUCCGUUGAUUCCAGGUCCAUUAAAUCGAGGUUCUACUUUGGUUAAAUUAUUUAACUCAAACAAAGCACCUUCACAUGAGGCUCAUCGAUAGUAUUGGCCAGCAUACUAGCCUAAAUAAUAUGCUAGCACUUUACACAGAAGAUAUUAAGUCAUUAAACUCACCCUUUGGCAUUUUCACACAAUAAUAAAUGUUAGGAAUUUCGGCAAAUUGUAACAUUGGAAGUAGACUACGCUGCCUAUUAUUCAUAGCUACAUCGAGAGAGAAACACAAACACUUUCGUCAGUGUACGAGAUGCAUUCAAGGACCGGGAGCAAAACGAAGGCGUAAAACACUAUCAAUGACUAAAACAACAACAGCACCACGAUUCCACCAGAUGGCGCCAAAGUAAUAAUGUUAUUGUCUCGAGCUCAGCAUAAAAUCAGUAAAUAGACAAGAUUUUCAGUGCAUAGCUGAAGAUAGUUUUCAAAAUGAAAUGAGCGAAUUGGCGAAUGCCGAACCGCGAGUAUGCAGAAGUUAACGUAAUAUUUUUGUUUUGAGUCUUCCUCUAACACUUCUACUUUGAUCCAACAACAAAGCCCCAGUUGCCACUCUGCUAUGUAUGAGCAAGGUGGAGUUCAUACACGAAGCGUGAAAGUAAUCACUAUGCAAACUUGAUCCAUCAGUCUGUCAGGCUUUGUGUGUGUGUUCCGUAGUACACGUCAACUAAAAUAAGGACGCUUUGCGUAACAAAAGAGCGGCACGUGCGUUUUGAAUCUUGUGUCCACAGGGUUGACAAAGCGAUGUGAGUGUUGUCAAGGCUUCACACCUUUAGGUCCCUCGGGACUAUUUUAAGACAGGAGACAGACAGCUGCUUUUUUUAAAAAAAAAUUUUUUAAUUCCAAGAACAGAACAUUCCCUCUCAGCCCUGAGAGGUUGACAUAAUGUUUUUUUUUAACUCGACGUGUGUUUUUGGUUUUGAAUUGUUAACUGGGCACCUUAGAGCGACAUGUUUUUGUUAUUGGAAAUACAAACUAGCUGUAUAGUCAAUCUCAUUUUUUCCCCCUUGUUAAGCACAGUUAACCUGUUUAACCACUGUGUCUCAUGUUUGUUUUAUUGAUUAGAUACAAUUCACCAAACUAAUGGUUGUCUAUUUAUUUGUAUUUGAGUUGAUUACAAUUGUAAUCCUAGAAUGGAAAUUAGCAUGCGUUUGUCUGAUGUAUAAUAGUGAUAUAUUAUUAUCUUUUUCAAAAAAUUUUUAGGUUCUCUGUUUAGUGUGUGGCGGCACGGUAUAACGACUG